AUGUCGGACGAUAAGAACGCCAAAGAGGAGGUCUACGGUAUCUCCUCUGCCGUUGAAGAUCGUUCCAAUAGUGUUGGCGGUGCCAAGCAGCGUCACGGCACAAAGACCAAGGAGGUCCUUAAUGCCGAUCUUUUCGCUGCCCUUGAGGAGACCAAGAUCGAAAGAUGGAGCAAGGAAUCUAUCCACUUGUACUUCUGUAUCUUUGUUGCAUUCUGUUGUGCCUGUGCCAACGGUUAUGAUGGAUCUCUGAUGGGAUCCAUCCUCGCCAUGGACCAUUACCAAGAAGUCUUCAAGACCGGAAUGGAUGGCCCCAAGGUCUCCCUUGUUAUGUCACUCUACACAGUUGGCUCCAUUGUCUGUACUCCCGUCAGUGCUAUCAUUUCCGACAAGCUUGGUCGCCGCAAGUGCAUGUUUAUCGGUUCCUUGAUUAUUAUUAUUGGAUCAGUUAUUAUCACCAGUGCUAUGACCCUGCCGCAAUUCGUUGUUGGUCGAUUCGUCCUCGGUGUCGGCAUUCAAGUCAUGGUCGUCUCCGCCCCCGCUUACGCUGUCGAAAUUGCUCCGCCUCACUGGCGUGGUCGUGCCGUCGGCUUCUACAACUGCGGUUGGUUCGGUGGCUCCAUCCCUGCUGCUGCUCUCACCUACGGUACCGAAGCCAUUAACAACCACUGGCAAUGGCGCAUUCCCUUUAUCUGCCAGUGCUUCGCCUGUAUCAUCGUCCUUAUCUCUGUUUGGUUCAUCCCAGAGUCGCCUCGUUGGCUCAUUGCCAACGGCCGCAACGAAGAGGCCGAGGCAUUCCUGGUUAAGUACCACGGCAACGGUGACCCCAACGCUCGCUUGGUCCGUCUUGAGAUUGAGGAGAUGAGGGAAGGUAUCCGAAUUGACGGUAUUGACAAGAGGUGGUGGGAUUACCGCCCAUUCCUCAUGACAAAGAGUGGACGCUGGCGUUUCGCCCAGGUGAUGAUGAUUUCCAUCUUCGGACAGUGGUCUGGAAAUGGUCUUGGUUACUUCAACGCCACCAUCUUCAAGGUUAUUGGAUACGAGAAGAGCUCAACCCAGUUGUUGCUUAACCUCGUCAACUCUAUUGUCUCAGCUGUGGGUGCUUUGACCGCCGUGUACUUCACCGAUAGAAUGCGUCGUCGCCCUGUUCUUAUCUUCGGUACCUUUGCAUGCGCUGUCAUGCUUGGCAUCAACGCCGGUCUCCUACAGGAAGUCGCCAACACUGGUUCUAUCGGCAAGACCAAGGGCCAGGCUGCUCUUGCUUUCUACUACCUUUUCAACGUCAUCUUCUCCUUCACCUACACUCCCCUCCAGGGUGUCAUUCCCGCCGAGGCUCUGGAGACCACCACUCGCUCCAAGGGUCUUGCCCUGUCUGGCUUCAUGGUCUCCGGUAUCAGUUUCAUCAGUCAAUUUGCUACACCCAUUGGUAUUGCGAACGUCUCUACCAACUACUUCUGGAUUUUCGUCGGCUGGGAUGUUAUCGAGUCCGUUUUCUGGUACUUCUUCUGUGUCGAAUCCCACGGCCGUACUUUGGAACAGUUGGAGUGGGUUUACCAGCAGCCCAACCCCGUCAAGGCUUCCCUCAAUGUGCACAAGGUUGUUCUUCAGGAGGAUGGCACUGUUACCGAGAAGAUUACCGACGAUGCUUGA